UCACAUUUGCUAUUAGUUUUUUUACAGUUUUAAAUUUAUAUUAAUUAUGAAUGAAAAAAGAAAUAUUUUAAACGUACCGUAUAGUAAAAGUGGCGAUAGAGAACAAGAUGAAAAAUUAUUACAGCCCUUUAAAUACAUUCUACAAAUACCUGGAAAAAAUAUUCGUACCAAAUUGGCUGAGGCAUUUAAUUAUUGGUUAAAAAUUCCAAAUGAAAAAUUAGCUGAAGUUGGACAAAUUGUGGAAAUGUUACACAAUUCCAGUUUAUUGCUCGAUGAUAUUGAAGAUAACUCAAUUCUUCGACGAGGAAUACCCGUAGCACAUUCUAUUUAUGGUGUUGCAAGCACCAUAAAUGCAGCUAAUUAUGUUUGCUACAUAGCCCUAGAACGAGUACUUAGUUUAGGCCAUCCUGAGGCAACUAAAAUUUACACCGAACAAUUGUUAGAGUUACAUCGUGGACAAGGAAUGGAAAUUUAUUGGAGAGAUAAUUUUCAAUGUCCAAAAGAAGAGGACUAUAAAGAUAUGACGAUUAAAAAAACUGGUGGAUUAUUUAUGUUGGCUAUACGUUUAAUGCAAUUAUUUAGCGAUAAUGAUGCUAAUUUCUCUAAAUUAGCUGGCAUUCUGGGAUUAUACUUUCAAAUUCGUGAUGAUUAUUGUAAUUUAUGUUUACUUGAGUAUUCAACAAACAAAAGUUACUGCGAGGAUUUAACUGAAGGAAAAUUUAGUUUUCCUAUUAUUUAUGCAAUUCAUUCCCAACCAUCUGAUGGUGAACUAAUGCAUGUGUUGAGACAACGAACUCGUGAUACAGAAGUAAAACGAUAUUGCGUUUCGUUAAUCGAAAAAUCUGGUGGUUUUGCGUAUACCCGAAAAAUUUUAACCGAAUUAGAUGCUCAAGCUCGUGAAGAAGUUGCUCGUCUAGGUGGUAAUAAAUAUAUGGAAGCUAUUCUGGAUAAUUUACUUACUUGGAAAGAAGGUGGAACGUAAAGUGUUUUCGACUUUACCCAAUAAAUUGAAUUUCAGUUUUUAUUGUUUUGUUUUAGAAUAAAUUUGUUGUUAAGGUCUCUCAUCUACUAAAAACUACAACCCGAAGUAAGCAUUUCAUGUCAAUUUGACGUAAAAAUGAUGUCAUUAUUGGAUGAAAGACCCAAGAGAUACUUUAAAAUUAUUUGAAUUAUUAUCGAGAUUUUUUUUAUA